AUGUCAGCAGCUGCUUCUCCUGCGCCCAGCGAGGGUGAGACCAAGCGUGGAGAGGUCUCCUACAGAUUCUGUCAAGAAUGUUCCAACCUUCUCUACCCGAAAGAGGACCGCGAGACGUCCACUCUCCUCUACAUCUGCAAAGCCUGCCACGCGACGACGACCCACGACUCUGCAUGCACAUACCGACAUCAGCUGGGUUCCACUGUUCAAGAGACGGCUGGAACCACCACUGAUGUCGCAAAUGAUCCAACUGUGGGUUCUGCUCCCUCCGAGCUGCCCUGCUUCUGUAGUCUUUGUGGAGAACAGUUGAGAUGCGGCGAAUGUGGUUCUCGCGCAAUGGAAGAUUCCGAUCAGUCUGGAUAUUCGGAGGGUUGA